UGAGGAAAGGGGAGGAGGGAGGAGUGAGGGGGAAGUGUGAGUGUGUGGGGGAAGUUGCCGUGUUGUAAACAAACACAGAAGAAAGAUUCCUUUUUCAAAUAUGUGUCGAUAAAAUGGGUUCAACUCGCCAAUCCUCGUGUUUAGAUCAUAUCAGGGGUGUCUUCAAAUUUUAAUGACAUCGCUUGUUUAAAUCAACGGAUUCCUAGUCCAGUCUUAACCUUUCUUCCGCGUUCCUUUUGAGUUAGAUCAUUGCAUACAUUCUAACGUCAUGUACCAUGAGAUGACGUACUCGUGGCCUCGCCAAAACCACGACAUGAAGAAUAAGAACAAGUACCUCUCUAUUGGUUGUGUUUGUCUUGUGGUUAUUGUGUGGUUAUGGUUAGCCACUCCAGGUGUUCCGCCUUCUCAUCACAGUGUUGUUCCUAAGUUUCCAAAGUUUGACCCUGAGUUCCAGAAUGAUGCUGUCAGGCAGCGUAUCAAUGAAUUGGAAACUGAGGUUCAAUAUUUAAAGGCCACUGCAUCAAACUGCAGAAUACACAAAUUGACACUUGAUCCUGAUUUACCUGUGAUUUAUGCCAUCACCCCAACCUAUGCACGUCCUGUUCAAAAGGCUGAGCUGUCACGGCUGUCCCACACAUUUAUGUUGGUUCCAAAUUUACAUUGGAUAGUUGUUGAAGAUGCAGAUGACAAAACACCUCUUGUUGCAAAUCUGUUAAGAAAGACGGACAUUCCUCAUACUCAUCUUGUAGCUCCAACACCACAAGAGUGGAAAAGGAAAGAAAAGGAACCCAACUGGAAGAAACCUCGAGGCGUUCUACAAAGAAACAAGGCUUUAGAAUGGCUUCGCAAUGAACUGAGCUAUGAUGUGACCACUGACCAAGGUGUUGUGUACUUCGCAGAUGAUGACAAUUCUUACAGCUUAGAAAUUUUUGAUGAAAUGCGAAAAAUCAAGAAGGUUGGUGUGUGGCCUGUUGGAUUGGUUGGAGGUUUAAUGGUUGAAAAGCCGGUAUUAAAUAAAACUACUCACAAAGUUGCUGCAUUUAAUAGUGGCUGGCGGCCGGAAAGACCAUUUCCGAUUGACAUGGCUGGAUUUGCAAUUAAUCUUGGAUUACUUUUGGAUCAUCCAGAGGCUCAGUUUUCAUUGACUGUUGAAGGAGGUUAUCAAGAAAGUGAAAUAUUAAGACAUCUUGUCACUCGGGAGGAACUAGAGCCAUUAGCAGAUUAUUGUACAAAGGUGUAUGUAUGGCAUACAAGAACUGAAGCCCCUAAACUUUCAGGAGAAAUGCAAUUGCGGAAGAAAGGAAUGCGGUCAGAUCAAGAUAUGGAAGUGUAAUAAUUGCUGAGAAACAUUUUUUAUUGAAAGUAAAAACAGUUGUAGCUUUCACACACCAAUACCUCUAUUUGUUUUCUCUACUUGUUUUACUCAUGUGUAUUGCUCACAGUGUGCAAACCUUCCAUCUUUUCAUGUAAGCCCUUUAAUCAUGAGAGACUAGUUUAGAUUUGUGUGCACCCCUUUGUUUCUUUUCUUUUUUUUCUUUCAUAAUAUCAAGAACAGUUCAAAAGAUUGUAUUGCUGCCUUUAUUUUGUCAUACCAUAGUUAUUUUAUUUUAUGUGUAUGUUGAACAAAACAUAUUAGUUUUACAGUAAUGCCAUGCAUAACCAUGGUCCAAUUGUCAGCUCUCGAUUUUCCUGAAAACUACUUUUAAAAAACAAGGAGGGUGUUUGUAUUUGAGGUCAUGUUUGUAAUUGUUCACAUGCCCCACCCCCUCUCAAAAAAAAGGACCUAAAAGUAGCACGAGGCUUAUAUUCAGUGCGUUACAGCAGUACCACAUCUCAACUUCAAGAGAUGUCAGAUUGAUCAGUUCUGUGAACUCAUUAGUAGUUCUUUUGUGGUGGCCAUAAAUGUAUUAUGACAUUACAGUGAGACUGACUAGUUAACCAACUUUUUUAAAAAUCCAGUGUCCUUGAUUCUUGCACCAUAUCAUAUUUGCAUUAUGUAUACAAGACCGUUUACCAUCUUGACCUACUUAUUUCUGUGAUUUCUGUUUAAAUUUCUUCUAUUUUAAUGUUACCUGUUUUGUAGUGUAUUUUAUGUUGUUAGUGUUUUACUUUUAUUAGCUAGAUAUUGUAUUUAAGAAUGUAAACAUGGCAAGAUGAUGCAUGUUCAACUCAAUUUUAUUUAUUUCUUAGCUCAAUUAUUUCAUAUUUGUAAACCUUUAGUUGAAAAUAAACAUUUUUUCAUAAAAUGGAUGGAAAA